AUUUCCUUGUAGCCUUCAUGAGGCGGAUUCUGCUCAGCAGAGGGAAGUAGAUAUGAAAAUAGGGGCCAGGGUGUAUGCCUUUCACGCCAGUGACCCGGGCUCGCUUCCCUGCCCUGCUGUUCGCUACACUGGUGUCGGAAGUGGGAUGGUGUUUGUGAACUUACGACCCAGAAGUGUGAGGGGCUGAGCUGUCUGGGGCGUAGGGACGUGCCUUUCCGUUCCGAUGGUGCAACAUAGCGAUCCUCACUUUGAUUGUGUGAAUUUCUGGAAAUAUGUCCAAGAAAAGGGGCAGAAAGCGUAGCAGCGGCGAGCUGAGUGAGAGUUCGGGUUUGUCUCUGUCGUCGACCCUAGACCCUAACAACCUGCUGGGCCUGCGGAUUGAGCACAAUUGGAGGGAGAAGGGCAACCUCACCAAGUGGAAAGGCACAGUGCUGGAGCGCCUCACCGUCAACACCUCCCUGUACAUGGUCAAAUACGACGGCUUCGACUGCGUCUAUGGCAUCGAGCUGUUCAAAGACGAGCGGGUGUCCAACCUGCAGGUUUUAACAGAGAAAGUCGUAAACAACAAGAUCAAGGUGCCCCACGAUGCGCCAGAGUUGGUGGGCAAGGCUGUGGAGCACCUAUUUGAGAAGGAGGACGGUGAGAAGAAUGAGUGGAGGGGCAUGGUGCUAUCUCGCGCCCCCAUCAUGACCAACUGGUACUACAUCACCUAUGAGAAGGACCCUGUGCUCUACAUGUACCAGCUCUGGGACGACUAUAAGGACGGAGACCUCCGCAUCCUCCCUGAAGCUGAGAACAAACACCUGCUGCCUGCGGACAGGAAGCCAGGCGAGGAGACAGAGAGCCUUGUGGGUAAGCAGGUGGAGUACGUCACUGAUAAGGGCGUGAAGAGGACUGGGCUGGUUAUCUACCAGGUUCCCGCCAAACCCUCCGUCUACUACAUCAAAUACGACGACGACUUCCACAUCCACGUUUAUGACCUGGUCAAAACCACCUAGAAUACAACUAGACCUUGUCAAAACCACCUAGAAUACAACUAGACCUUGUCAAAACCACCUAGAAUACAACUAGACCUUGUCAAAACCACCUAAAAUACAACUAAACCUUGUCAAAACCACCUAGAAUACAACUAAACCUUGACAAAACCACCUAGAAUACAACUCGACCUGGUCAAAACCACCUAGAAUACAACUCGACCUGGUCAAAACCACCUAGAAUACAACUCGACCUGGUCAAAACCACCUAGAAUGCAACUCGACCUGGUCAAAACCACCUAGAAUACAACUCGACCUGGUCAGAACCACCUAGAAUACAAAUUAGUCCCGGUCAAAACCACCUAGAAUACAAAUUCGACCUGGUCAAAACCACCUAGAAUACAAUCCGACCUGGUCAAAACCACCUAGAAUACAAUCCGAACUGGUCAAACCUACCUAGAAUACAAUCCGACCUGGUCAAACCUACCUAGGAAGGACUUUCUAGUCCCCCCGCCUCAGACCCUCACACCUGUACACCCACCUUGAGGUCGACUCCUAUUUGAACUCAGUCAAUUCAGGAAGUGAGUUCAAAAUUCAGUAUUUACCAAAUCGAAAUAUUGAGAGGCUUAAUUCAUCAAUGGAAUUUGAAUACCUCCCCUGAGUUGACUGGAUUGAAAUGAAACUCUGCAAACCUGACACUUACUGUCAUUAUUGUGGACAUGUUCCCAGCCUUGUCUCAUCUAAUGGGAGAAGGACUACCAAGGUCAGAAGUUUGCUAAAAGUGUGAAAUCUGUGACUUAGAUCGACUAGGCUUUUGUAAACAGCUCAAAGCUUACAUCUAUUUAUUUUUCAUUUAAAGUAACUGUCAAACUUUUCCAGAUUUCUAUGAAAUAUGACAAUUAAUUACUUACAAUAUAAGAAAAAUAGUUUUCCUUCCAAAAAAAAGUAAUUAAGUAUGUUAAAAAGCAGCUUUUCUGUAUUUGAAUGGUGUGUUUGUACCCCAACAACAUAAUGGUGUGGGCGUAUACUGGUCAUCACAAAUUUUAAUGCGAGUAGGCCGCUGAUUGGCCAGCUCAUCCUUCUCAGGAGUAUGACAUCAUACUCUAUUUAAACUGUCUGUUUUAGAUACAAGUUUGAGGUGGGGUUUUUGAAGUGUUUAUUUUUCUCCAAUUUAUGCUUUGGCCACAUGAGUAUAGGACGAGUCAACAACAUUGUUUGGCUUAACAGAAUAUUAACUUUCUUUAAAGUUACAUUUUCACUCGACAGUUACUUUAAGAAACAAGAGAUGAAGCAGCAAUGUUUUAUUUUUCUUAUCUCUAUGUGCAACUUAUUUUAAAACAUAUUUAGCUAUCAUUUGUAUUUAUAUAUUCUGAAAUAAAACAUGGAUACGAACUUUGUACCAGGGCAAAUGCUUUGAUACAAUGUAUUCCCAACUGAUGGUUGAUGACUUGGUUACUAUGGACAAUAUAAUUAGUGUUUUGUUUGGCUAAGAAAGUAGAUAUUAUCAGUGAAAAUGACCUAUGUUAAUGUUCAAAUGUGUUGCUUGAAUAGUGCAAGAAAAUAAUGUUAUUUAAUAGAAAUUAUAAACAAUUGCCAAGAUUUGCCUGCUCAUGUUUCAGAAACACCCACACUAAGCUCACAUUUUAAUUUGAGAGGAAUUGUUUGACUUAGCUACUAGUUUCAUAAGUUCAGAGAGUCAUGUUUAAGACAUUUUGGAUUACAAUCAAUCCGUAGUCAUGGUUGGAUAAUGUAAUAUUUCUGUCAUGUUGUUAGACCGUCAUGCCCGUAACUGUACUUACCUUUUGUAAAUACCUGUAAUGUGUGUCGCAUUUAAAAAAUACUGCAAAGAUGCUUUGGUAUUAUUUGCUCUUCCUGUUUGAUGUUGAAUAAUGCUUUAUUUUGCGAUGGCAGCCAUUGUUGGUUCAUUAUUUUUCCCCACUAGUGGUCAGGUUUACUUAGCAUUUAAACCUUUUUUUAAGUAAGGAAUUAAACAUAAAAGGUCAUUAAACCGUUUCAUGUUUCUAGCUUAGUUUUUGUUCUUUGUUCACCUCAGAAAUGAAGGUGUAAAAAUGUCCCUUAUGUGAAUGCUUUUGUAAAGCUGCACAUAUGUUUUAAUGGGGCUAUUUAUCCACACUAAAAAGGUUGAUGUUGAAAUUGACUUUUGAAACUAGCAAUUGUUGAGAGAAGUUGAACAAAGAUAAAGACCUUUUAUCUUUAA